AUGCAGGGCAAUAAGAAGUGCACCGACGGCUUCAGCGACACCUCAAGCAUCGGCAGCGUGCUGGACGAUGCCGACAGGGAGGUCAGCAGCCUUACUGAUCGGGCGUUCCGGAGCUUGUGCAUCUCAGAGGACAUGUCCUUCCAUGACUCAGACCUGGCCCUGUCCCCAGAUACCAGCCGCCAGGUGUUUGGAAAUUUUCACCAGGGAACAGUGAGCCACACCCACAGGAAAAGUGGCAUUUGGACCCAGUUACCGGCGCAAGGCACCGAGCAUGCGGGCUGGGCAGCCACAUUCCAGCAGCAGCCUAAGUAUGUUCAAGGGGAGGAAAAGUACCCCAAAAGCAGCCCCCCGCUGACACCAGUUCAGAGGAGGCUGGAGCUGCCAGUCUCUGGCCUGAGGAGCAGCAACAAGCCGGGUUCCAAAGUGUCGUCCCUAAUUAAGUCUUUUGACGGUGCUGAGAGCCAGCGCUGUGACAGCAGGCCCCCUACCAGCAAGCCUCCAUCUUUCAAAAAUCCCCCCAAAUUUGCCCCUCUUCCAGAAAGUGGUGUCAACUUCUGCUUCGAUUCUGCCUUCCUGACCGUCAGGAGAGUGCCCGCUGAGGUCUCCAACACCCAUCAGAACAGCCACCAGUCCGGCAGGAAUCCUGGUGAGCAAGAGCCCCCCAGCAAUCCUGACCUAGCCUGUCACGGCUCCAGCAGCUUCCUCCCAACGCCUGAGGAUGCUGCCAACUCAUUUGAGUCAAGGUUCCCCUCCCCCCACCACAAGCCAGUUGCUGGUGAGCCUGGGCGAGGCAAGGAGUGGGUUCACAAGGGGACCUUUCUUCACAGUGAAAAUAGUGCCUUCGAGUCCUGGAAUGCCCACCAACCGAGGCUGCUUGAGAGAAAGGAUGUGACUGAUGCUGCCCCCGAGAGCAAACCCCCCAAACCCUACGAGGACACGGCCUCGUCAAGAGAGCACAAAGUCUCUCCCUGCCAAGGGCGGACCAGCUGCAGUCAGGAAGAGAACCGACGGGCAGGAGGAGCUGUCGCCACAUCUGGAACUUGGGCGUCUAGGGACCCAGGGGCCCAGGGAUUCGCUGUGGAGGGAAAAGCUCCCAGCUGCCAGCCUGAACCUCAGAUGAAGUCAACCCAGGUCCCAUGGAGGAAACCAAAGACUGGCAGGGUUGGUCAACGAGGACAAGAAAAUCUGCAAGAAACUUCAGAAGAAAGGAAGCAGACUAACAGGAGAGGCUCGGGCUUGUACAGCAAACACAAUCCCCAGGGGCAGUUCCCAGAAAAUGAUGUUCUUGACAUACCUGCUGAACCCGAUGAGCAUUACAGUCCACCGUUUAACAUCAGUAAGCUUCUGACCCCCAUCAUACCCACUAAGCACGUCCUGGAUUCAACCGACAGCCUGCCCAAGGAGCCCACCCCCUCACCCCCAGGACAGAUAAAUGGGUUCCAAGAGAAGGAGCCCAGUGAAGGUCAGUCUCGGGACAGCUACAAGUCCAAAGCCGCUAGCCUGCUCUUCAACCUCAAGGAUGUGCGCAAGUGUGUCAAGAGCACAUACAGCCCCUCUCCCCUCUUGAAGGGUCUGGAUGAGAAGACCAGAAGCAAGCAGGAACCCGUGAGCAACGGCAUCAUCCUUCCCAACGGGUGUGAGGAAAGCCCUCCGGGUGAGCUUUCCAAGGAGAGACCAGCUGAUGCCCCUUCCGGGCCACAUGCCAGUACCCAGAAGGACCCCGAAGCCAGCCCCACCGUCGCCUCUACAGACAGCUCUCUAACUCUGCGUUCACCUCCAACUGCUGCCAAAGCCCCCUCCUGUGUCAACGGGGAGCCGGCCGACAGAAGCAGUUAUGAGAAGGAUAAUGCUGACAGCGCAUCGGAUGUGGGUGCCGCCAGGUCCAGCUGGUGCCUGGACUCCACGGAACACUGCGCCCGGAAGCACCUGUCACUGCUGCUUUGCCCUAGAGAGCCUGAGGCCAGGAAGAUGGCAGAGGAACCCGAGGCUCCCAGCCUAGAGAAUGGGUUUGUGGGGUCUAUUUCUCAAGAGACAGAACCUGAGAGAGAGGCAGGACUCCAGGAUCCAAACUUCAGUCAGAAAUUCUCCCCAGGCCCCCUCUCUCCUGAGGAGGAAGAUGUGUUCUAUAGCGACAGCCAGUCUGAUUUUACGCCAGGCCUCAAAAGUAAGGCCAAGUUCAGCACUAGCUCUUCAGACCAGUCCUUUGCCUCGUUUGAGGAUCAGCAGAAGACCUGGUUCACUGAGAGCCAGCAGGAAGACAGGAGGAACCAUGUGGGUGCAGGAGACGGUCAGAAGGACCAGGAGAAUGUGAUGGGGAAAGAUGAGCUGAAGAGCCAGGCCCUCGGUGAUGGGGAUGCAGGCACCGAGCAGCUUAGCCAGGGGGCAUCCCUGCCAGAGGAAGGGGAGAAUUUGUCUGGAGGGAGACCCAGGAGGGAACCUAGGGAGGAAGAGCAUUUCAGAGGCAAGUGGAUUGGGCGAAGUAAGGAUACCGCCUUGUCCUGUGCCAAAGACCUUACCCCCGCGCCAUCUUCUGCUUCAAACAAGCACAAACUAUUUGCAAUUAAAGACAACACCCUCAGGGCCACCCCCGUGAUAAAACCCAUCAUGCUGCCCCUCUUGAGGACUCUGUCCUCAGAGGAUCCCUUUGGCAGUAGUCACAGAGAAGGGGAAUUGCCGAGACCAGGCUGGGGUGAGGAUGCUGGUCUUUGUAUCCCCGAGAGCCAGGUAAGGCGCGGGGCCCCAACACCUGCUAGCAGGCAGGGCACACACUUGAAGCACGUGGGCGGUGGGAGCUUGGAGGACCUCGGGCAGGUGCCCAGCAUGGUGAGGACAGGGAUUUCUCAGCCAGCUCUAAAAGGAAAUGUCCCAUUUCCUCCUUUCCUGGAUGGGGGUGAAGGGGUAAAGCCACCCCCAGAGGCUACGUGGGAAGGUGUGGUGAGUGAUGGCAAGAGAAAUUCCACAGAGGAAGGGAGACCGGACGCUCCAAGGUCCAUCCCCACAAUUGCUCUGCCUGAAGGUGACUUAGAAGACCAGCCACCCCCACAGCAACUUGGAGCCUGCUGGGAAGAGCAAGUGCAAGAUUUCAAAAGUCACUUCUUAUCCACACCAAGAAUAGGGCCCCAGGGGAGAAGACUCGUCCCCAGCGAGUUGGCAGCUUCCCCCAACUCCAGCUCCCUGGACGAGAGCAGCGCAUGCUCCCCUGCUGCCAGCAGCGUGUGGGACAAUGCUUCCCAGGCCCCCAGUGAGCUGGGCCUGCUGUCAGGGGAUGCCCCCCAUGCCAGCCCCUGGGCCAGCCCCGGCCCUGCCAGGGUCACCCGGAGGGAGGACCUGACACACGCCCUCAUGUGGGAGACUGACCAUGACCCCCUUCUCGAGCCAUCAGGAGAAGACUUCAGGACACUGUCUCCAAGAGGCUCAUUGCUGGAUGUGGCCACCAGCUCAUCGGGCCUCCCUGAGAAAUCAGAGCCUCCUGCUCAGCUGGAGAGGGCAGCUAGCAAGCCACCUGCUGUCCCACCCAAAACUGAGAAGGCCCUGCGGCGGGCCAAGAAGCUGGCAAGCAAGAGGAGAAAGACUGACCAGAUGCAGGCAAAGCGUGGGGAACCCUGGGAGGAGAAGCCCCGCCCAGAGGACGCAGGGUGCAGGCCUCUGUCUCCAACAGAGAGGCCCCAGGCCAGGUUGGGUGCUGUCCGUUCCCUGCCCCCUCCCAUGCACCGUCACUCAGUGUCUGCCUUCUCAGAACCCAUCAGGAGGCAGCCUGGAGAUUCCCAGUCCUUCACGCCCCUACCCCCUUACCCUGCCACCCAGAAGGUUCUGCAAGACCCCCAAUCUGGAGAGUACUUUGUCUUCGAUCUGCCCCUCCAGGUGAAAAUCAAGACCUUCUAUGACCCGGAGACAGGCAAAUACAUCCAGGUCUCUAUCCCAUCAUCUGAGGGGCGCUCCCCAGAGCCGCCCCCACCAGACACGCUCGCUGCUCCCUACAUGCUGUACCCGGGCUUCCGAGCCCUGCCCGUAACGGCCUUGACGCCUCUACGCUGCUCCUCUCAGCUCUCGGCGCCCACCUUCCUGAGGCAGCGCCCACUUGGCAUGGAGGCAGACGACUCCGGGGCCCAGAGUUCCUGCCAUGUAGCCCCUGGGCCUCACGGUGACCCCACCCAGCACCCUGCAGGCGAGUGUCCCGAGGGGCCUCCCCAGAGUCCAGGGGAGGACGGGGAAGCUGCUGCAAGCCUGGCCAUCAUCUCCACCAAUGACCUGGAGGACUUUGCCACGGAAGGCAUUUCUUGAGAAUUACAGCAAACGAAACAGCCCCUCCCAUUAACCUAGAAGAGCUUACUUCCUCCUACCCAGAAUAAUCAACCACUUAUACCAACACAUCAAACACAUACUUGGCCAUCUGAGAGUCCUAAAAUCCCAAAGGAAGGGGGGAUCCUGAGAGUACCCCACCUGGUGGGCCCCCUCCCUGUAUAAGGCUGCUGGCCUGGCAGGCCCCUUCCUGCCUCUUCCUAGUCUGGCCCUCUCCACUCCUCUCCCUUCCCUUCCACCCUGCCAUCCUCUGACCCUGCCACCAGGACAGGCCC